AUGCCCAUCCUGGUGCGGACGGCGGAAGCGAAAGACCGGGAAGGCCUCCUACGACAAGCAUUGGAGCAUCCAGACUCUGAGUUGGAGGUGCACGGGAGUUUCGUUUCUUGGCGACCGCGUGCUUCGAAGCUGCGCCAAGGGGUGGAGCAGCUGUUUGCGGAUACACAGGAAUCCCGACUGCAAGUGAAGCUUGCGCAAAGCGCGACGGGCGAGAUUCCGUUGGCAUGGAUUGUUGGAAAGUAUGCAGAUAGGUUCGGCUUUGGGAGCCAGGAUGCCCGGUCAUCCGAGGUGGGGGCAGAAGAGCUCGCAAAAGCGCUGGCUGACUCUCAGAUGCUGAUCGUCGACCGUCGGCGCUUGACCGUCCGAGUUCGCGGGCGGAACCCGGAAGUGGCGCCCGAAGAUGUCUCAGGCGUACGUCCGGAGGGCCCGGCAGAGAUGCGAGAGGUGAGCGAGAGGAAGACUUCCACGCGCUCCGGCCUCGGCGAAGCCCUGAUGAGGACCCUCGCUUACGAGUGUUACCGCUAUGAGGUGCCCUGCAACGCUGGCACGCUGCCUCCGUUCCCACCCUGGGUUCUGGAGGCCCGGCCCCCUCCGGCCAGAGCCCCGGCGCCGGCCUCCACGCCAAAGGCCGCUGCGAAGACCUCCAGCUCGCCGCCGGCGAAAAGCUCCGCGGUCCGGCCUGAGACGGCGCUGCCUCCACCGAGAACCCAGCCGGAGACGAGGGCGCCUGCACCGCGCCCUGGAGAGAACUUCACGGAUGUGCUGCGACAUCGGGCUGAGGCUGUCCGUGCAGUGCACCGGAGCCAGCACUGGCAGCAAUAUCAGCUGCAGCAGCAAAGGGACAUGGAGCUGGCCAAUGCUCAGACCGAGGAGGAGAGACGAAGAGCCGAGAUCGGCCUGCAAAUUGCGGUCCUCCUCUCGGACAAAGUCGUCGAGGCGUUUCAACAAGCCUGUUGGAUUUCGGCCCAGCGUGGGUCCCAGGAUAUUCAGUGGUGGUGCGAGCCGACAAAAAGCGAGCUCGCUGCAGGUAUCGGCAAAGAGCUCCGAUACUUCGAUCCACCAUUACUGGAGAGGGAGGUGCGACGACGACUCCACAACCUCGGUUUCGCGCACGCAACAACCUCGGUGACAUGGAGCGAUGCAGACGACCGUCUGUGCAUUGACACCAGCUGGGGGAUGCUCAACGUGGUGGAGGAAAUGCUGGACUGGCCCUGCUUCGGCUGA